UUAUUUACUUGUUCAAUGUCUUGUUGUGUGGUUGGUGCUCUGCAGGUGGAGGCGAUAUUGGACAAGGAGAACUUCACUUUGGAAGAAAUUCUCGAUGAAGAGGAAAUAAUCCAAGAAUGCAAGGCCUUAAACAGUCGUCUCAUUAACUUUUUGAGAGAUAGAGCUCAGGUUGAGCAAUUGCUACGCUACAUCAUUGAAGAACCACCAGAGGAUGCUGAAAACAAACGGAUCUUCAAGUUUCCAUUCAUUGCCUGUGAGAUCUUUACAUGUGAAAUUGAUGUAAUUUUGAAGACCUUGGUGGAUGAAGAAGAGCUCAUGAACUUAUUAUUCUCCUUCUUGGAGCCUGAUCGAUCUCAUAGUACCUUACUGGCCGGGUACUUUAGCAAGGUUGUCGUUUGCUUAUUGAUACGAAAGACAGUACCACUUAUGAAUUAUGUUCAAGCCCAUCAACAUGUUUUUCGCCAACUGGUAGAUUUGAUAGGCAUUACAUCCAUUAUGGAGGUUUUGGUUCGAUUAGUUGGUGCUGAUGACCACGUAUAUACCAAUUUUAUAGAUGUGAUGCAAUGGUUGGCUGAGAGCAACCUGCUAGAGAUGAUUGUCGAUAAAUUAAGUCCAUCUGAGGCUAGUUUAUUCAUUUAUUAGUAGAUGAUCCAUGGGAUAUUCUUUGACCUACUUCACCUAGCCAUUCUACACUUGCCUGGUGUUAAGUUAUUGAAGUCUUGUUCAUUGAACUUACAUGAAGCCUUACUCUUGAAUAUA